GAGCCAUCGAGCAACGAGCACCAACGCGGUCUGAUUCGGUCGCUGCCAUUGGUGACCGAUCAGUGCAGCACGGAGCGUCCGGGAUCCAUUUACCGCAUGCAAGACACUGGUCUUCGCUAUGGCACCAGCCAGGCCGGAUGAUUCCAAAAGCGCACAAGUCACCAAGCUGAGCAAUCAGAUCUCCAGGCAUUUCAAGAAGUGCGGCUUGCGCAAGGUGGAGUUUAAGAAGCAAAAGUCUCUCUUGAUCGAGAAGGAACUCCAGGCUCAUUUCAUACGGGCGAAGCAUGAGAAGGAGGAGGAUGUUGCGAGUCGACCAGUCACGAGCCCACUGCCAAGUCCCACAAGGAGUGCGUCCACACCGCUGCUCCGAGCUUCAGAGGCGGUUGCCGGGACUCCAUCACUGCAGUCACUUGGGAAAGCUGCAACCCGCUUUGCCGCUUCACAUCCGGAGUUCAUGCAUCCGGUGAUUCAUCCGGGUGCAUGUGGAAGGCCUUCUUCCCCGCUGCGACUGAAGUCGCGGAACCCGACGGAGCGACACGCGGAACCCGAACGCCGAGCUCGAGACGAGCAGAGGCCCGACGAGGUGUCCUAUGUCACCCACUCUGCUCCGGCAUCGCCCCCGGGACACGGUGAACACGAGACAGCAGGAGAUGUGCAGUUUCUGUCAACUUCUCUCAAUGCAACCAAAUUCAGGCGCGCAUCUCCGAAGAAAAGGACCAUGCCCGCCUUUGGUUUCUUCCCAGGCGCCGUGGAGCGGGAAGAGACCGAAGAGGAUCGAUUGUUUGGCGCUCCCAGCCGAGAGGAAGAGCUACUGGCCGCUGCGGACGCCGAAGCGGCGGCUCUGAGAGCCACUUGGGCUGGAGGACUGCGUCCCCGUGACCCGCCAGACAUGAUCGAGCGCCUCGGAGACCUCAUGGCACUCCUCGGGCCCAGGUAUCGUACCUUGCCUCGGGCGGCCAUCUGGGAAAAGGCCGUUGUGGGAAGCACCACAGCACUCCAGAGACGUGAGAAGCGUCUCGGUCCUGCCGCUGCACAUUCCAUCUCCGGCUUUGCCAGAAGCAGAGGUCAAAGCCAGGGAAGCAAGAACAGGGCGCGAAGCCCUGAAUGGCUUCCAGACUAUGAUCCCGAUGGCCCUGCGAGAGCUGCCUGGCUUCAAGCCCGCGAGCGAGAGAACGAGAUGAAGGCGGUCCAGACCGACGCCGACACGACACGUUCCGAGGCCAAAGACCCUUUGGAUUCGCCGGACCACCGACAGACCCGGCGUUUCUUUCACUUUAACCUGCCGUGAUCGGGAGUGGGUCGAUGACAGUCGAAGGGUCAUGGAGAAAUGGGGAUUUGAACGGGUCAGGUCGCUCGAACGAGGGGAGUGAGCUGUGUCCGACACGCGCAUGCGAGGCGUGGUCACCAGCGGUGCAUGUCAAACACGGAGCCACCUGCUGUGAGGCCAAAGCAAGCUCCCGCCUAAAGGUUUCAUUUGUUUCAUCUCUUGGAACAUCUCUGUCACUUCGCGCCUGAUGUGAUGGAUGUCCAGACUUAUUUGCUCCAGCGAAGAAACGUCGCUUUCCCUGCCCAAGGCAGGAAUGCAGCGUUGGAAUGUACAGUAGCAAAAAAGUGUGGCUUCGCGAGGCUUCGUACCUUCCACAAGGUCUAUGCAGUGUUUGCUCUAUUAAUAUGACAAGGUCGCCGGGUCUGCACAACCAAAUGUCGUCAAUCAAUAUAGAAGUCUCCGCAACUUUUGGCUGUCGAAACAGUGCACUGAAUGUAAAUAGUGGUGGUCCAAUUGGUUUCUC